CCUCCAGUGGACGAUGACCCUGAAGGACCAUACCCUUACGUAUACAACCGUACCGGUGCGAGUGGCGGCCACUGUCUUAUUGUCCAAGAUUACCGCUUUGGAAAGUAUCUCGGAUUUCUGGAUCUCAAGAUUGACCGAGAGUCAGGAAACAUAUUAGACUGGUCUGGAAAUCCAAUUCUGCUUAAUCAGAGUUAUGAACAAGACGAAGAAAUGCUUGCAAGCCUGAAGCCAUAUAAAAAAAUAGUAGACGACGCUGUAAAGGAAGUUGUCGGAUCCACUAAGGUGCUGCUGGAAGCAAGCGACAAACUCUGCCGCUAUAAGGAGUGCAAUGCAGUCAACCUGAUGGCUGAUGCUUUCUUCGACUACUACUCAAAUAGAGAUAGCGUAGUGGACAAGGCUUGGUCUAUUGUGAACGCCGCCGUUCUUAAUGCAGGAAUCGCAAGAGAUUCUAUUCAACCGAAAUGGAACCUCACACUUGGUGAUGUGCUCGGUGCCAUGCCCUAUGACAGUGACCUGGUUGUUAUGAACAUGACAGGUCUUGACCUCCUGAACAUGUUCGAAUUUGGCGUGACCAAUUUUACCUGGUUACCAGAUUUAAACGGGAGAUUUCUUCAAGGCUCAGGUACAGUAUACUGAGAAAUGUCCCUCAACACGUGUAACCUCGAACGUGAGCCAUGUUCAUCAUCAUACUCAUUUGUGUCAACUGCAUCCCGAGUUCUUAUACCGGCAUUCUCCAAUU